GACAGACAGACAACCUUUAUUUAACCACAAUAGAAAUUAAAGCUAAGUAGCUUAUAGGGUCGUGCAUAAUAAUUUAAAUUAAAUUAACACAGAGUCAGACUCAACAAUUCCGAGUUCUACUAAAAAGGAGUCAAACCUCCACUACCAUGCUAUAAGAGACUUGUAGGAGCCAGGCCAUACUACAUCAGUAGCUACUUAUUUGAAUGUUUGGUUAAGUUGAUUGUCCUUUGUAAACAGAUUCCCAUUCAACCUGAAGAUUUUGUUGGGUCAAGGAUGUUGAAAAAGUACAAAGCUAAACAGAUUGCGGCUCGUAUUCUUGAGGCACAUUCUUCCCUGAACAAAAGUUCAUUGAUUGAGUCUAAAAUGUUAUACAUCAGACAGUGGCAGGCAUUACCCGAGUUUGGUCUUUCUCAUUUCAUUGUUCGAUUUCGUGGGUCCAAGAAAGAGGAAGUCCUUGGUAUAGCUUUUAACAGAAUCAUGCGAGUGGACCCAGCAAGUCGUGAAGCUCUCAAGACGUGGCGAUACAGUGUGAUGAAAGCUUGGAAUGUAAACUGGGAAACCAGGGAAAUGGUUGUACAGUGUGAAGGAGAAACCAUUACGUUCGGAUGUACCAGCGCAGACAUUAAAGUAAUUCAUGAAUUUAUUGGAGGGUAUAUCUUCAUGUCAAUGAGAAAGGAUGUGAAUCAGCCGCCGAAUGAGGAGCUGUUCUUCAAGUUGACUGGAGGGUGGGUUUAGAACCAAAAGUCGCGUGCUAUUGGACCAACCAUGUCAACUGUGACCGGCUUUGGUGCAGUUUGACACUGGUUGAACUUUGAUUGAUUGGUUAAUUCCAAUGAAACACGGUCAUUCAACCGACUAACAAAAGUAACAAAGAAACGUUUCUCCGAUACGACAUUCAAAAAACACUGAUUUAAUUUCCCAAUUUAGCCAGAUAGAACACGAAAUGAAAGACUUAUUAAUGUUGGUCACUGGAGAAGCUAGGCAAAAAAUGUUACGUAAUGAACACUAGUUAGUGCCUGAACUCAACCGUCCUUCAGAGUUGAGGAUAUCUCAGCUUUUUUUUUGGUGAACAGUGUUGCGUGACUUGAAACAGACAGAGAUGAAGUCAAACAAGGUUUGGAUUGGAAAUUACUCUGUCAGAUAGCGAUUAAAGAAAUUGGCUUUCAAUUAACCAGCCCGAAUUCAAGAGAGCAAAUACUAGUAUUCAAACGGUGACCAUUUGUCUAUGCAAGUUAACAAAUACAGAAGUUUUCUUGUAUUUAAUAUCUGAUUUUCGAACCAGCAGAUUUUUACUACGAUCUUUGUUGAUCGUGAUGUCAUCAAAAGUAGAUGCACAAACCAUUUUUAACUCAUCAAAAUAUUUCAGUUUUUAACUUUGUUUUGUUUCGAAUGGAUGAAUUAUUAUUGGACAAAAUAUUGUGUGGUAUAAAUUUAGUAAGGGACCACUCAUUUGUCAUAUACAGGAGCAUGUUCCAUUAAAAAGCUUGAAUACAGUAAAAACCUUUGUAAGAACCUACAUUUUUUAAGUCUAGCAAAAUAGGUUCUUGUAUUUUGGUGUAGUUAUCGGCAAUUUAGGCUAAUUAGGUUCUUAUUAGGUUCUUAAUGAUAAAUUUGGAUUUGGUCCUUAAAUAUGCAGUGUUAUUCGCAACUGUAUUAUGAUAAGCCAAACACAACUGAUUACAGAAUGUAUGAUAGUGUUGUCUCUAUACCAAAGAGUUCAUAAGUCAACUGUAACCCACAUGGGGUUACUUUGCUAAACGGUUUCUUAUAUUUUUAGGUUUUAAAAUGGCAAUUUUCCGCCAGCAGAUUCUUAAACCACUAGGUACUUACACGCGUGUUUUUACUGUAGUUAAAGAGGGGCACUGAAAAAUUCAGUGAGGAGAAAGAGUACCACUGUAAAAACCUGUCCAAAAUUACAGUGUUUAGCUGCUUACAUUCAAAGGAUUCGUAGUAACGGAAUUCAAUUAGGAAGUGAUCAAAGACUAGAUUCUUCCAGAGAUAAAUAAUGUUGCGCUUAAUCACAGUCUAAAUAUUUCUCUGAUGCACCAGUUUCCGGAAGAAUCUUUCUCAAGUGAACACGUACGUAGCGGCGAUGUGUUUGCUUUCAGAAUGUUUGUGUAUAUCCAUUUCUUCUGAUAAAAAUGAGAUAAUGAGUUUCUUCAGAAACAUGACUGGGUUUAUACGAAAAGAAAACAUCGAAACCUAGAAUUGUAACCAGGAAUGGUUGUUAUGAAAAGAAUACAAAAAGUUUGAAAUUGUUAAAA